UAACUAUGAAUCUAGAACUACUUGAAUCAUUUGGCCAAAAUUAUCCCGAGGAAUUUGAUGGAUCGCUGGAUUGCAUUUCACUGGCUGUGACAUGUGUGUUCAACAAAUAUGGAACCUUGUUGGCGGUGGGAUGCAACGAUGGGCGCAUUGUAGUUUGGGAUUUCCUCACACGCGGCAUUGCCAAAAUAAUAUCCGCCCAUGUUCAUCCCGUUUGCAGUCUAAGUUGGACGAGGAAUGGCCACAAACUACUGUCGGCAUCUACAGAUAAUAAUGUUUGUAUUUGGGAUGUAUUGUCGGGAGAAUGUGAACAUAAAUACCGCUUCCCCUCACCCAUACUUAAGGUGCAAUUCGAUCCCCGCAAUGAUAAACGUUUUUUGGUGUGUCCAAUGCGUUACGCAGCAGUAUUGGUGAAAAUUGGCGAAUCACAUAAAUGCUUGCCCCUCGAUUCGGACGGUGAUUUGAAUAUCGUGGCCUCGUUUGAUCGACGCGGAAAACAUAUUUAUACCGGCAAUGCCAAAGGCAAAAUAAUGGUAUUAGAUGUGGAGACCUUGGAAGUGGUGGCCAGUUUUCGCAUUAUCGUUGGUACAUCAAGUGCAACAGCUGUCAAAAGCAUAGAAUUUGCCAGACGAGGUGAUGGUUUCCUCAUCAACACAUCCGACCGAGUUAUACGUGUCUAUGAUUCCAAAGAAGUCUUGGCUUUAGGAAAGGAUGGCGAACCGGAACCAAUCCAAAAACUCCAGGAUUUGGUGAAUAAAACAACGUGGAAGAAAUGCUGUUUUUCCGGGGAUGGCGAAUACAUAUGUGCGGGUAGUGCUCGUCAACAUGCUCUGUACAUUUGGGAAAAAUCUAUUGGGAAUUUGGUAAAAAUCUUGCAUGGUACCAAAGGUGAAUUGCUGCUUGAUGUUGUGUGGCAUCCGGUGCGUCCCAUAAUUGCAAGCAUAAGUUCAGGCUUGGUUUCAAUAUGGGCCCAGAAUCAGGUGGAAAAUUGGUCUGCCUUUGCACCGGAUUUUAAGGAACUUGAUGAGAAUGUAGAAUAUGAAGAACGCGAAUCCGAAUUCGAUAUAACUGAUGAAGACAAGUCGGUUGACUUAAAUGCCGAUGCAAAAUGUGAUGAAGAGAUUGAAGUGGAUGUGACAAAGACUGAACCGGUGGCAGCAUUCUGUUCGUCCGAUGAGGAGGGCGAAGAUGAAAAUGCCCUACAGUUUUUGCCAAUGGCUCCAGAAGUUGAAGAUCCUGAAGAUGGAUGGGCUGUGCAGGAUGGUCUGGAAGGCGGUGGUAGCAACUCAAAAGAUACAGAAUCGUCAAACAUGCAUGAUUAUGGCGAUGUUGUGGCUGCGAAAAAACGUAAAAUGAAUAGCUACGAUAUUUCAUUGCCGGAUGCCCCAGUUGAAGAAGUACAUCCAUUGGUAUCGAGUAAAACAAACAAAGACAAACAAGUUGGGGGCAAAAAGGCUGCAGGACGACCUAAGAAAUAGU